AGCUGUCAAUUAAAAAAAAUUACGAACAAAAGAGGUCAUAGCUCAGUGCCUCAGUGGUAAAGCAUUGGACUGCAGUUCGAGAGGUCACUGGUUCGUAUCCGGUUGGACUCUUUCUCAUUUUUCCGCUUUGUAGAUAUGAUACGAAACGUUUGGUUCGACCAGUGGCUUUCGCUCAUCUAUUUUAACUAAUGAAUGAUUUAAUGAAAAUAGUAAUCGGUUAACAGAUAUAUGCCUAUUAAAAUUUAAUAAGGUCACGGAUCUGAUAUUCCUUCCCUACCAACCCAAAUAGUCCUACAACAAAAUUAUCCAUAAGUUGAAAAAACAAAAAAGAAACAAUAUAAGAAUGAUGAUAUGUUCCUAAUGUAAUAAGCUAAUAGCUUAGUUAUUGCAUAGUGCAACUCCAAAAUUAAUAAAUGAAAAUCAAACACAUUAUUGGUUCAUCCCCACGGGUCAUAUUAACUAUUUGUCCUUAUGUAGUCAUACAUAUAUAUUUCUUGUAUUAUGAUAAGAUUACAUAUUACAGUUUGUAUAUAUGUGUAUUUAUAUAAGUAUAAUAAAAAAUAAUCACUUUUAGUCUAUCCAGAAGAUAUUCAGUUCAAAUAUUUGCUAUAUUGCUGGCAUCUUUUAUAAGAUUUUUAUCUAGAAGAGAAACAUAACAACAUGAAUGCAAGAGAACAAAAAAAGACAAAUUUUUAGAAAAAUGAGUUUUAAAGAAUGAGGAUAAGGUAAUAUUAUUAUACACAGCGUGGAGUAUCACAUGCAAUGCAAGUAGUGAUUAAGAGACAACGAAGAGACUGUUUGAUCAAUCCUUGUCUCAGAGUUACUCUCUAUUUAGUAUUUAUAAACUCAUUCUUGAACCAAGAACAGUCAAAUCAAACUCAAAAUUUAGUUUUAAACUCUCUGAUUCUUUCUUUUCUUCUUUCAUUUUUUUGUUUCUGUGAAGAUGGGGAAUUGUUCGCAAAGAGCAGUAUCCGAUGGUGGUGGUUCGGUUACUGUAAUUGCGACAGAUUCAAGAAACAUUAUGGAAGAAUAUUACAGAAGCCGGAGAUGCAGCUCGUUGCCAAUAACUAGAGAGAAAACCUUAGGGUCUCUUGUUAGACAAGGCACAACAAGCCCUAGAGGAGUACUUGGGCCAAAGAUACAAGUGUCACCGCAAAGAAGAAAUGGUGUGUGGAAAGCGAAAGUUGUGAUCGGAAGUAAGCAGCUUGAAGAGAUUUUGGCGGUUGAAGGCAAUACACAUGCUUUGAUUGAUCAGCUCAGGUUUGCUGCAGCAGAAGCUUUAGUUUCUUCAACCUCUGCCUCGGACAUGGUCAGAGUUAAAAGCUUAUCGUCCCGGCCCCGGAAAAACAAUGAGAACUACUUCUGUUAGGUUCGAUGAUUGCGGGUGUUUUGCAGGGUUUCUCAUUUGUAUUCCUAGCAAAAGGUGUAUAUUGUACAUAAAUGUAAAUUCAUUUGAGAAAUGAAAAAAAUAUAUAUAUAAAUACAUUUGGUUCUGUUUGA